UCUUUCUGAUUUUUAUUUAAUAUGUAUUGUUGACUUUUUGGUUUCAGUAGUCAAAAUGUAUGUACUAAAUAAUUGUGAUUAGAAUUUGUAAGGGGAGAUUUUAUUUUGUGAGGGAAGAUGGUGUUUGGUAGGAAUGAGAGGGUGCAGUUUAGUAAAAUAUAUUCAUUUUCGUGUUUUCGGCCUUCCACGAGCGAUGAACACGGACAGAUUGGGCAAAAAGGUUACUCUAGAGUUGUGUAUUGUAAUGAUCCUGAUAAUCCUGAGGCGGCUCAGUUAAGGUAUCGGGGUAAUUAUGUGUCUACGACUAAGUAUACGGCGGUUAAUUUUAUACCUAAGAGUUUGUUUGAGCAGUUUAGGCGUGUUGCAAAUAUUUACUUUCUUGUUGUAGCUUGUGUUUCGUUUAGUCCGUUGGCACCUUUUAGAGCUUCCAGUAUUCUUUUUCCUUUGCUGUUGGUGAUUGGUGUGACUAUGGCAAAGGAAGGCGUGGAAGAUUGGAGACGUCGGAAACAGGACAUAAAGGCCAACAACCGAAAGAUCCAAGUUUACAGAGAUCAUUCUUUUACUGAAACUAAAUGGAAAAAUUUGCGUGUUGGUGAUGUUGUUAAGGUCUACAAAGAUGAAUAUUUUCCAGCAGAUCUUCUUUUGCUUUCAUCAAGCUACCCAGAUGGGAUUUGUUAUGUUGAGACUAUGAAUCUGGAUGGAGAAACUAAUCUGAAGUUGAAGCAUGCAUUUGAUGUCACCGCUUCCUUACAUGAUGACAAUUCCUUAGACCAAUUCAAGGCAGUAGUCAAGUGUGAGGAUCCAAAUGAAGAUCUGUAUUCAUUUGUUGGAAGCUUGGACUACAAUAAGCAGCAGUAUCCGCUUUCACUUCAGCAGAUUCUGUUAAGAGAUUCCAAAUUAAGGAAUACCGAGUAUAUUUAUGGAGUGGUCAUUUUCACGGGGCAUGAUACUAAGGUUAUGCAGAAUGCUACAGACCCUCCUUCUAAAAGAAGUAAGAUAGAGAAGAGAAUGGACAAGAUAAUUUACGUCCUCUUCAGCACUUUGGUUUCAAUCUCUUUUAUUGGGUCUAUAUUUUUUGGGAUAAGAACAGAUAGAGACUUAGACAAUGGGAGUUAUAGAAGGUGGUAUCUUGAACCAAGUCGCACGACUGCUCUUUAUGAUCCUAAAAGACCCCUACUAGCUGCUUUGUUACAUUUCUUGACAGGCCUAAUGUUGUAUGGAUAUUUAAUUCCAAUAUCAUUGUAUGUUUCCAUUGAGAUGGUAAAGGUGUUGCAGAGCAUAUUCAUAAAUCAAGAUCAAGAUAUGUACCAUGAAGAAACAAACAGACCAGCCCGUGCUAGAACAUCAAAUUUGAAUGAAGAAUUGGGACAGGUUGACACAGUUUUGUCUGACAAGACGGGUACCUUAACGUGCAACUCAAUGGAGUUUGUUAAAUGUUCAAUAGCAGGUGUUGCUUAUGGUCGUGGCAUGACAGAGGUGGAAUUGGCUCUGGCAAAAAGGAAAAAUGUUGAGCAGCCUGAUAUUGGUAAUACCUCAAAUGUAUCAGAUGGUGAUAUUGUGAGCUCAGGCAAAUCAAUUAAAGGUUUCAACUUCAGAGAUGAGCGGAUUAUGAAUGGGCAAUGGGUUAAUGAACCUCAUUCGGAUAUCAUACAAAAGUUCUUUCGAGUGUUAGCCAUCUGCCAUACAGCUAUACCUGAAGUCGACAAGGACACAGGUGAACUUUCAUAUGAAGCCGAGUCACCAGAUGAAGCUGCCUUUGUCAUAGCUGCCAGGGAACUUGGUUUCGAGUUCUUUCAAAGGACACAAACAAGCAUCUCUUUGCAUGAAUGUGAGAAUGACAAAAAGGUUGACAGAUCGUAUGAGCUGCUUAAUAUGAUAGAGUUCAGCAGUUCUCGUAAGAGAAUGUCAGUGAUUAUUAGAAAUGCAGAGAAUCAACUCCUUUUACUAUGCAAGGGUGCUGACAGUGUUAUGUUUGAAAGACUCUCCAAAGAUAGUCAACCGUUUGAAGAUCAGACAAAGAAUCAUAUCAACAAGUAUGCCGAGGCAGGUUUACGAACUUUGGUAGUUGCAUAUCGUCCUCUCAAUGAAGAAGAGUAUAAUGUGUGGCAAGAAGAAUUCUUAAAAGCCAAAACUUCAGUCUCGCUUGACCGGGACGAUUUGGUAGAUGCCGCUGCUGAGAAGAUUGAAAGAGAUUUGAUUUUACUCGGUGCUACAGCAGUUGAGGAUAAAUUGCAAAAGGGGGUUCCUGAAUGCAUAGAGAAACUUGCAAGUGCUGGGAUUAAGAUAUGGGUCUUAACAGGAGAUAAGAUGGAGACUGCAAUAAAUAUAGGGUAUGCUUGUAGUUUGCUUGUCCAGGGAAUGAAGCAAAUUGUGAUCACAUUAGAUUCUCCUGAUAUACAUGCUUUAGAAAAGCUAAACGACAGGGAGGCUAUCUCUAAGGCAUCUAGGGAAAGCAUAAAAAAGCAAUUACGAGAAGGAAGAUCACAGCUUGAUUCAGCUAAAAAUAGCUCUUCCUUGUUUGCUUUAAUAAUUGAUGGGAGAUCGUUGACUUAUGCUCUCGAGCAAAAUCUGGAAAGCUCAUUUUUGGAAGUUGCAGUUGGUUGCUCAUCUGUCAUUUGCUGCCGGUCCUCCCCUAAACAAAAAGCUCUUGUUACUAAGAUGGUAAAAGAAGGAACUGGAAAGACGACAUUGGCAAUCGGUGAUGGGGCAAAUGAUGUUGGGAUGCUUCAAGAAGCUGAUAUUGGAGUUGGAAUAAGUGGCGCAGAAGGAAUGCAGGCUGUGAUGGCAAGUGAUUUUGCAAUAGCUCAAUUUCGUUUUCUAGAACGCUUGUUGUUGGUACAUGGACAUUGGUGCUAUAGGCGAAUAGCUAUGAUGAUAUGCUACUUCUUUUACAAAAAUAUUACUUUCGGGUUUACUCUUUUUUGGUUUGAGGCCCAUGCUGCUUUCUCUGGGCAACCUGCUUACAAUGAUUGGUACAUGUCGUUUUACAAUGUUUUCUUCACUUCACUUCCUGUCAUCGCUCUUGGUGUUUUUGAUCAAGAUGUGUCUGCACGACUUUGUCUUAAGUACCCAAUGCUGUAUCAAGAGGGAGUGCAGAACAUUCUCUUCAACUGGCCAAGAAUACUUGGAUGGAUGUCCAAUGGGCUUCUCAGUUCCAUGAUCAUCUUCUUCAUUUGCAAGAACUCCACAAUCCACCAAGCUUUCCGUGAAGAUGGCCACGUCAUUGACUAUGAAAUUCUUGGAGUCAUAAUGUACACAUGCGUCGUGUGGACGGUCAACUGCCAGAUGGCAUUAUCAAUCAACUACUUCACUUGGAUCCAACAUUUCUUCAUUUGGGGCAGUAUUGUCUCUUGGCACGUAUUUUUAGUCAUAUACGGGUACUUAAAUCCGGAAUGGUCCACAACAGCUUAUCGGGUUUUCGUGGAAGCGUGUGCCCCUAGCCCAUUUUAUUGGAUGGCCACCAUCUUGGUGGUCGUUUCAACACUAUUACCUUAUUUUUUCUAUAGAGCAUUUCAAACACGGUUUCAUCCAAUGUACCAUGAUGAAAUUCAAAGGAGACGGUCAGAAGGGUGCGAGAUUGAGACUUCUGGUGAGUUACCAGGAAGGGUAAAAAACAAAAUGGAACAUUUAAGUGAGAGGAUGAAGCUUAGCCACAGGGAAAUAUAGAGUAGUGUUUGGUGUGUUUACUUGUGAGAAUCACAAACAUAACCUCCUUUGUAUGUUUGGGGAUAGAAAGAAUGUAACAUGUGUAUGUAAAUGCCUAGGGUAUAUAUAUAUAUAUAUAUAUUAGUUGUAAUUAAUGUGAUCCAUGUUUUUCACUAAAAGCAGUGGUCAUGGAUUCAUGUC